AUUAUCCAUGGCUGGGCUGAGGGCUAAGAGCCUCUGUGGGACCCAUUCCAAGCUCCCGGACAUUCAGCACCCUGGUAUUGGCCUGGGGGAUCCAGACAGCCUUACGGUGAGGGCGAUCUCUAGAGCUGGAGAAUGGGAGGAAGCACUGGGGUCUCACCGUGGCUCUGGCUAUAAGAAGUCUGCCCCACAGCGCAACCUCAACAGCAACCGAGGCAAACGUCAGGAUGGUGCCAGACAGUCAGGCCACGUCACGGAUAUCGAUAAGAAACACUGGGAACGACGCGGAGAAGAGAAUGAGAAGGAAGAGCCCUGGUCUAAUAAAAGUUCCCGGCUGGACGCGCAAUGUGAAGAGCUUGAAUUCCAGCUGCUGGAGAAGAUUAAUUCAGGUGGAUUCUAUGACCUAAAGCGUCUCUUUGUGUUCCAUGACCCAGAAGGCAGGGGGAGAGUGAAGAGGGGUGAAUUACUGGUCAUCUUGAGCAGCUUUCUGGGCCAGUUCAUCAACAAGCAGGUAUUCCAGCACCUUCUGGACAGGUUACAUCUGGAGGAAAAGCCAAUCAUUACAUUUGAUGCACUCUACGAGCAUUUCAAGCCUGUGGAAAAUAAAAAGCCACCAGACUGGCUGGAUCCUGUGAAGAGAAAUCAGAAGGUGGCUCUGAAGACGGCGCGUGAGGUUCACCUAGAGCUUAAGGAAAUGGCUAAUAACAGGUACUAUGAACUUUUGAAGCUGUUCCGGAAGGACUGUGUGAAUGCAUCUGAAUUUCAGAGCGCUCUGUCUAAGCUGGGUAUAAGAAUGACGGAAGAGGAGUUUAAAAAGCUGUGGCGAAGGUACGUCAGAGAUGACACCAGCGUGCUAGGCGUGGAAAGUCUGCAGCAUCAGCUGGGGACCAAACACCAGCGUUUAGAUGAGGACCGGAGUCUGCUGUUAUCUGCCCUGCGGAAAGUCUCCGGAAGCCGGAACCCACAGCAGAUAAAUACAACCAAAAUUGCAGGUUCAAACGCAAGAAGGGAAAGGAAGUUGUCUCUGAGUAUAGAGAAGUGGUUGAAGGAGAAGUUCAGAGAAGGAGCGCGAGCCAUGAUGGCCGAGUUCUUGGUAUAUGACCCACAGCGGACUUGCAGGGUGCUAAAAGAGGAUUUCCUUAAUGUUCUGGAGAAGUUUCAGCUUCACCUUACCAAGGACCAGCUGGGACAUUUUCUAGCUCGCUGUGGUCUGGAUGAGACGUUACCUCAUGUUAACUACCAGGAAUUCCUCCAGUGUCUCCAAACCAGGGGUAAAAAUGGGAGAGCCCACAAGGUCUUCUGCAAACCUGGUUACAGCACUUACAGGACUGGAGACGAACAAUCUACAACCUCAGCGUCCACAACCAGCGUUCUACAGGGGAAACUCGCAACGUUUCUUCAUACGGAUUUUUACGCCCUCUUUGAUGAAUUCCGGAAGGCCGAUACAUACAAAGUAAAUGUAAUCAGCCAACAGGACUUCAGAUCAAUCCUAGAAAGAAGGUACUGCAUGAAGGUAACAGAUGAGGAGUUCUCAUAUUUGCUGGAGAAGUUUCCCCGCGAUCACCAUGGCGGAAUCAGAUACCCGGAGUUUAUGGCCAAGUUUGAUAGCAGCGAGGGGAACCUCAGCCUGUGGAACGGGAAUGAGACGGUGCUGACCGAAUGUACCAGGAAGCCGAAAGCCACCGCUACCACCGCCGAUCAUGGGAAGAGGCUUCCGGCGGCACAGAGGAGCGCUGAGCAGCUGGCUGCCAUCAUCCGACGUCUUGUGAAACACGACUACCAGGCUCUGGAGCUGAACUUUAGUGAGAUGGACGACAUGAACACCAGGAGACUGACGGCGGAGGGCUUGUACCGGUUACUGAAAAGGUGUGACAUCCGCCCUGAGGUUUCCAGAGAAGAAGUGGGCAAAAUCUGGAAAACUUUGAUCCUCAAUCAAGAUGAAACCGCUGAUUUCUUUCAGUUCGUCAGACACUUCGGCUUCUCUGUAAACUCUUCAUGCUUCCCAAAUGCCAAAGUCUCUCCUCCGGUCAGAGGUGACAGCGACUGCUUUCUUCGCUCUCUGAAACUGAAUUCUGACACCAAGAUCAUUGCAAAUAUUCUGCAAUCAAAGUUGCAGCUUUUUUCUAAAGACCUUCAGGCCCAGUUCAAAGAGUUGGACCCUCAGAACUCUGGAUGUGUCUCAGUAGAAGAGUUUCUGGACAUUCUGCAAGACCUGAGCCCGGCUCUGACCCAACACCAGUGUGACACGAUAAUCGCCAAAUGUGCUCAGGGGCAGAACAGGGUCUCCUAUACAAAGUUUCUCCAGCCGUAUCAGAAUGGAACAUCGGCCAUUAAGGAAAAAGGAGGGAAGGAACUGAGUUCCGAGGGCAAAAUGGCUUCUCCAAGAGAGUCUGUGGAUCGGGGUCUGAACACCGUAACUUCCAAACUACGGCAGAAGUUAUCCAGUACAGAGCUGAGGAACCUGUAUGAGGCCUGCCAGAAACUCGACACGAAUGGAUCCGGGUUCCUCCAACUUCCGGAGUUCAGAGCCGUGCUGAAACUAUGCAACAUCGUGCUGGAGGAAGAUGACAUUUAUCAUAAAAUGCCGCACUACAAUAAGGACCUGACUGGGAAGAUCGACUACUCCCAACUGGUUUCACGCCACAGUAAGAAGAAGUGAGGAAACACGGAGCAGUAAAGCUAUUGGUCGUAUAAAUGCACUCUUCCGGGAUAAAUAGCUGGCUGUAAAGCCUACGUGGAUGAAAUAUUGAUGGGACAUAAUGACAAUUGUUUACGAAUAAUGGGGGUAAUUCAGACCUGAUCGCAGCAGCAAAUUUGUUAGCAGUUGGGCAAAACCACGGGGGUCAUUCCGACCCGUUCGCACGCAGCGCUACAUUGCUGCAGUGCAAACAGGUUGGAAAUGCGCAUGCGCGGCGGACGCAUUGCGCACGUGCAUCGUUGACCAGCGACUUCAGUCGCCGGGCAGCGGCGUCGCCAGUGGAAAAAGUGAUCGCAACGGUGAUCGCAAGAAGACUAACAGGCGGGAGGUGUUUCGGGGCGUCAACUCACCGUUUCACGGGUGUGGUGAGGCGAACGCAGGUGUGUCCAGGCGUUUGGAGGGCGGAUGUCUGACGUCAAAUCCGGGACCUUCGUCGCUGGAUCCGUCGCAGAGGGUAAGUAAGUCUGACCCUGGUCUUGUUUUGCAGAAAACUUUUUUAGCAUAGCAGGACUGCACAAGCGAUCGCACCCCUGCUGUGCUAAAAUACACUCCCCCAUAGGCGGUGUAUAGUUGAUCACACAAGCAGCAAAAAGUUGCUACGUGCGAUCAACUUGGAAUGACCCCCUCUGUGCACUGCAGGGGGGGAGGGGGGGGGGGGCAGAUGUAAUAUGUGCAGAUAGAGUUAGAUUUGGGUGGGUUAUUUUGUUACUGUGCAGGGUAAAUAGUUACUGUCUGCUUUAUUUUUAUACUGCAAUUUAGAUUUCAGUUUGAACACACCCCACCCAAAUCUAACUCUCUCUGCACAUGUUAUAUCUGACCCCCCUGCAGUGCACAUGGGCCUUCAUUCUGACCUGAUCGCACGCAGCAACUUUUUGCUGCCCGUGCGAUCAGGUAGACGCCGCCUAUGGGGGAGUGGAUUUUUGCAUAGCAAGGCUGCGAUCGCUUGUGCAGCUGUGCUAUGCAAAAACUUUUUGUGCAGAAUAGGAGUCAGACUUACCUGUUGCGAUCGCUUCAGGGUGUCAGGUCCCGGAACUGACGUCAGACAUCCGCCCUGCAAACGCCUCGACACCCCUGCGUUAGACUCACCACUCCCCGAAAACGGUCAGUUGACGCCCAGAUCCUCCUUCCUGCUGUCAAUCUUCUUGUGGUCGCCGCUGCGACCACUUUCUUCAUAGGAAGCGUCGCUGCCCGGCGACGGCCGUCACUGGGCAACGACACGCCUGCACAUUGCGGCCGCAGCGCAUGCGCAGUUCCGACCCGAUCACACGGCUGCAAAAAAGUGCAGAAUGCGAUCGGGUCGGAAUGACCCCCAUGGUUUUGCCCAACUGCUAACAAAUCACUGCUGCGAUCAACUCUGAAUUAGGCCCCCUGUAUCUUAUUGUUCACUGCAUGAUUAGUCUGAAAUAAAAUCUGUAAUAAAUGCAGUGUUUGCCCUAUAA